UCCCCCGGGAGCGCGCGCUGAGCCGCGCACACACUCGCAGGCGCGGCGAGAACACACAACACGCGCCGCUCCGAGACCCUCCGCCGGAUUCCGCGUGAAAGUUGCGUUUCCUGAAAGAGGCGCGAUGCCGUACAUCCUCAUCAGCACACAGAUCCGACUGGAGACGGGGCCGACCAUGGUCGGGGAUGAAUACUCAGAUCCCGCUGUCAUGAGCCACCUCGGAGCCCGUAAAACCUCCAUGCUGGGAAACAACUUCUCAGAAUACCACGUGGAUGAACCUCCAAGAGUGAUCUUGGACAAACUGGAGAAGAUCGGCUACAGGGUUGUGAGCAUGACCGGUGUGGGACAGACGCUGGUUUGGUGUCUUCAUAAAGAGUGACUCUCUGUGAUUCUGUGUGUGUGUCAGGUAAAAAUGAAAAGUGUGUUUGAGAUGAGACAAAGGUAUUGUUAACAGCAGGGAUUUUCAUGAAAGCAAAGAUGAGGUUCAAGCUCAUUGACAUCUCAUGAUGAGACGUGUUGUUAAUGCUUUGCCAAAGAGACUCUUGAACUUAUUCUGUGUUAACAUGAACACAACUGAUCAUACAAAGAAGAAAAGCAGAGAACUGACAGGUUAUCAGGUUUACCAUUUUAUUACUUUUAUGCAUGUGACAAAAUACUCUGAAAAAUGACAUUACUUUUGAGUCCAUUAUUCAGUGAAAAACUGACAAACAUGUGCUUACAGUAUAUAUAAGGACAGUAUGACAUUGAGGUUGGCUUUACUUUAUUACAAACAUUCCAGGUUUUUUGUAUUGUAAAGAUGAGAAUUCAUGUACAUCACAGAAUAUCUUUGCUUGUGUGAGGAACUUUAAUAAAGAAUAUCUCAACUGCAUUUUUUCUGCACUGUAAAAAAAGAGUUGAGUCAACUUAAAAUACUAAGUUAUAAUAACUUAUCACAAGCACGUUUUUUGAGUUCACUCAACAAACAGAGACUUAAAUUAUUUUUAAUAAGUCAUUAGUUGUCUCAACAUAGUCAUGUUUAGCUAAUGAACAACGGAACCAAAUAUUCUUGUUAGCUGAACAUAUAUAAAGAAUAUAGAUUGGUUAUUUAAAAAUAAACACAUAUAUUUUCUGCCUAAAACGGAUCAAAACUAUCUGUUUAAACAAUGUGUGUUGAGUGCUUUUAUAUCACUUUGAAUCAUUGUAUCAUGCACUCUCACCUCAACAUUGAACACACAAACCUCAACCAUGGUAACAUUCAAAAACAAUCGUUCAUUAAACACAACCGAUAACUAACAGUAACAACGAAAUUAAUUCAUAAAAUAAGCCAGCAAGAACUAAAACACUAAUCUUUCAAAGAAAAACAUAUAAGAAACAGAAUUAAACAUGUUGCAAUGCAUCAUGGGAAUUUGCAAUAUUGUUUGUUCAGAAUACUCUGUUUUGUAAGUUGGGCAAACUUUCUGAAGCAAUUUGGCCAAAAACUUGAGAAUCUAAAUCCAGUCAACAAAAUCAUCUUUGCUAGAAACAUAUUUAGGCUCAAUAUGAAAACAUAUUUAUAUGAAAACAAUCAUUUGACUCCUUUAAGUAAAACAUCUAUGUUCAAGUGACUUGUAGAGAUCAUUUUGCAUGUUGGAUUUUUUACAGUUUGAAGAUGUGAUCCAAAGUUGUGACACUCUUAAAAGUGAGAUUUGUAAAGUUGACUGACAGCAUCUAAUGCGUAUUACACACAAAACAACAACAUCAUCCAGUAUUAUGAGACAGUAGUGUGGCGUGACGUGUGUAAAGUCGACGUUUUUAUAGUCCAGACUGUGUUUAAAGUGGACUUUGGAUAUUAAAAGUAAUGCAUCUAAGAACUAGAUUUGACAACUUUUGCCAGAUUGAUGAGUUUUGUGAACUAGACAUAGAUUCUGUUUAAUGGUCAGUCUGUUACAAUACUAACUGACAAUGUCAACACAUGUUUACCUUUAUUUCUUUACUGUAAUCUAUAAAUUCAUUAAAGGAGAAAACAAAUAAAACCGGUAACACUUUUAA